AUGUUUUGUCCCCGUUCGGAAAAACAGGCGUCGUCCCCGAACGCCCGCACUGCGACACCGCUCUUUAUCCUUCCCCAUUCCUCUUUCUCCUCUUCCUCUUCCACCCAUGCCCGACCAGUCCCAUCCGCCGCCGCGCGCUCCCGAUCCGGAGGAGCAGCUCCUCCCACGCCCGAGCCCGCUGAACCCAGCCUAGCACCCGCGCCCACCGCCCCUGUGCAGGUCCGCCUCGUCGAAGAUCCACAUCGCGUCGCUGCCCGUUCAGGAUCCAACCUCAACGCCUCCUGGCUAGGCUUGAGGAACGCAUGCCGGGAGAGCCUCCGCCGCGCCGGUGGUAGCGGCGGCGAGGCCGACGCGCCAACGACCAUUGUUCAAGGGGCCAUGCAGGAUGUGCUUCCGCAUCACCCUCUCCUCCACUCCGACGGUGGCCUCGGACAGGGCAGGAAUUGGAUAACACGUCCACCACCUGAUCGAGCACAACCGCAACAGAGGAGGGCCACCUCUGCCUCGUCGUGCAGGAGAUGCUUCACUAGGGCUGAAGUCAUUGUCUGGUGUCGGAGCAGGUGCUUCGUGACGGCUGGGUUUGUCUAUAGAAUCUGGGUGGAAAGGACGUUCUUUCUCCAUCAUAUGGGCUGGUCCCAAAGAAUGCAAGUUUUGGAAGAUGAAACUGCUCAUUAAAGGCAGGACCAUUAGGGCCAUCCUCAAUAGGAAACAAAGGAAAGGUUUCCAGUGGGUUUCUCAGAUGAUCUUCUUC